GGAGAGUUUGCCGUGCGUGGCAGAGUGUCGUUGAAUCAAGUCUGCGUUCAUUCAACAGUGGUUGCUUCGAAUUUUCCGUAAAUUUGGUUGACUCUAAUAUUGCAUCACCACCAUGCCAACUGUAGCGGUGAAAAAAGAUCUUUUGUUCAAAACACUCGGCAAAACUUACACUGACGAUGACUUCCAGAAGCUGUGCUUCGAAUUCGGCUUGGAGCUUGAUGAAAUCACCACCGAGAAGCAGAUGAUCACAAAAGAGCAGGGCGAAGUGGAGGCCGCAAAAGAUGCUUCCGAAGAAAUUGUGUACAAAAUUGACAUCCCAGCAAAUCGAUAUGAUUUACUUUGCUUGGAGGGUUUGGUUCAAGGAUUACAGGUUUUCCUGGGAAUGAUUCCUUUCCCGCAAUUCACGAAGGUGUCUCCGGAAAAGGGCGCCCCUCAGAAACUGGUUAUCACCGAGGCUACCAAAAGUAUUCGACCUUUCGCUGUGGCUGCCGUGCUGAGAGAUAUAACUUUUACGAAGGACUCGUAUAACAGUUUCAUUGAUUUGCAAGAUAAACUGCAUCAGAAUAUAUGCCGCAAAAGAACGCUAGUUGCUAUUGGAACGCACGAUUUGGAUACUUUGAGCGGACCUUUUACCUUUGAUGCCAAGCCUCCAAAAGAUAUCACCUUCGUUCCACUAAAUCAGGAGAAAGCAAUGAAUGCGGAAGAAUUGAUGGAGUUCUAUUCCACUCACGCGCAGUUGAAGGCUUACUUGCCAAUCAUACGUGAUUCACCUGUUUAUCCGGUGAUAUAUGACGCCAAUGGGGUUGUCCUCUCGCUUCCUCCCAUCAUCAAUGGAGAUCAUUCGAAAAUAAAGCUGGAAACGAAAAAUGUUUUCAUUGAAUGUACCGCCACUGACUUGACCAAGGCGAAGAUUGUUUUGGAUACGCUUGUUUGCAUGUUUUCGGUUCACUGCUCGAAGCCUUUUACCGUGGAACUGUGCGACGUUGUCACCCCCGGAGGGGACACGGUUCAGUAUCCGGAGUUGAACUUUCGAAAGGAGGUUAUUUCCGUCGAGAAGGCUAACAAGAGUAUUGGCAUAAAUGAAAGUCCCGAAGCGAUGGCUAAAAUGCUGAAUCGAUUGAUUCCAACUGUGCGGAGUGAACCGAACAAGGAUCAGCUAGAGGUGCAAAUACCUCCGACGCGCCAUGACAUGUUGCACGUUUGUGAUAUCUACGAGGAUGUUGCGAUUGGCUACGGUUACAAUCGAAUCCCGAAAACGCUACCGGCCACGAUGCAAAUUGCUCGCCAGUAUCCUCUCAACAAGUUGACCGAACAGUUGCGGGAGCAAAUCGGUCAAGCUGGUUUCACCGAAGGGCUCACCUUCACACUCUGCUCUCGGGAUGAUAUUUCAACCAAAAUGAAUACGUACAUAGACCAGAUUCCCGCAGUUCACAUAGCAAAUCCAAAGACGCUGGAGUUCCAAGUUGUUCGCACAACGUUAAUCCCAGGUCUGCUGAAAACUCUUGCUGCCAAUCGAAAGAUGCCUUUGCCUUUGAAGCUGUUCGAAGUGUCGGACGUUGUUCUAGCGGACGCCAAGUCGGAAGUGGGGGCUAAAAACGAGCGGCGCGUUUGUGCUAUCAACUGCAACAAAACGGCCGGAUUUGAAGUCGUUCACGGACUGUUGGAUAGAGUGAUGCAACUGCUGGAGGUGCCCUGGGAUAAAGAAAAUGGGUAUUAUUUGCGAGCGACUGAUGAUCCUGCCUACUUCCCGGGAAGGUGUGCCUCUAUCGUGUACAAGGGGUCGACUAUCGGAACGAUUGGAGUGCUCCACCCGACAGUUUUACACGCCUUCGAGCUGACUACGCCAUGCUCGGUGGUUGAGUUCAAUAUGGAAUAUUUCGUCUAGGGGGGAAGAUGGGCGUGAUGCGAGCCUGGCUUGUGUUUCAAUAAAUUAUUCGUCCCAA